ACUUCCGAAUCCCUAGUGACGUUCAUAACAACAAAACAGACGUGAAUCGUGGUGUGUGUGUGAGAGAGAGAGAGCAAAACAAAUAAGGUUGUAUAUCUUUCUCAGAGAAAACUGGAUACGGUGUACGUGAUAUAAAAAAUGGAUUAUUCUGGAAAAGAAAAAGAAGCCUUGGCUCUGAUCGACGCAGCUGACAAGAAAAUGCAAAUGUCGGCAUCUUUGUUUGGGAAGUUUCUCGGGAGCUCUUCUAAAGCAGAGGAAGCUUGUGACAUGUACACGAGGGCUGCCAAUAUGUUCAAGAUGGCCAAGAACUGGCAUGCUGCAGGUGAUGCGUUCUGCAAAGCUGCACGAGUGCACUUGAAAACCCAAAAUAAGCACAAUGCCGCCGUCAGCUUUAUCGACGCUGGCAAUGCCUACAAAAAAGCAGAUCCAAAAGAGGCUAUCAAGUGUCUGACACGGGCGAUCGACAUCUACACUGACAUGGGACGUUUCACCAUCGCGGCCAAACACCACAUCACUGUCGCUGAAAUCUAUGAGUCUGAUUUACUGGAUGUUGAUAAGGCCGUUGCGCAUUACGAACAGGCUGGUGAAUACUACAAAGGAGAAGAGUCUACAAGCUCUGCCAACAAGUGCCUUCUUAAAGUCGCUAUGUACGCCGCUCAGCUUGAACGGUACCAAAAAGCUAUAGAGAUCUAUGAACAGAUUGGGACCUACUGCAUGGAUAACACCCUGCUGAAGUACGGCGCAAAGGAUCACUUCUUCAAAGCAGCACUGUGUCACUUUUGUGUCGAUAUGCUGAACGCCAAGCUGGCUGUUCAACGAUAUGAGGAAAUGUUUCCUGCCUUCUCAGACUGCAGGGAGUGCAAACUCAUGAAGAAACUUUUCCAAGCGCAAGAGGAGCAAGACGUCGACGCAUACACAAACGCUGUGAAAGAGUUCGACACGGUCACACGGUUGGAUCAGUGGCACACCACCAUGUUGCUGCGGAUCAAGAAGGGCAUUCAGGAGGACGAGAACGAUCUCCGCUAACAAUGUGCAUUGUGUAAUCCUCUGACUCAUGACGUCAACCUUUCCGACUUAUUCAUCGACCAUUUUUCCGUUAAUCAGCUAAAAGUUCACCUUGUGGAGCUGUUUGUCAAUCCAAGUAUUAAUUUUUUUUUUUUUUUUUGUGGGUGAUUGAUGCCAAAUUCUAUAUUCUGCAAUCCUUAGAUCACGUUUUUUGUUACAUCCGAACACUAUAUGCUGCUUGGAAGUUUUCACUAGAUUUACAUUUCUGUUCCACGUUGUUUAAAUGGAGCUGUGGAACUGAGACUGCCACAAGUGAAAGCGGUAAUUUGAGAACUUAACGAUUCACUAAUUCGGAUCACGUCCUUGUCUGGUGUUUGAUUCUUCUUUAACUAUUGUGUAUCAGGUACCUCACACUGCUGUGAAGCUGCACAGCAUUUCCUUAGGUGGUGGUGUUUUUUUUUUUUAAUGUUUACAAAUCAUUGUAAUUUAUUUGUUUAUUUAAAGUUCAGUUCUAGCUACAGUUUGUACAAGGAACAUGACUGAAACUAAACGAUGAAAGCAAACGGCAUGAAGAUUGAACCUGGCUUGUUGCCAGCUUGUUUCAUCCAAGCUGAAGCGAUUAAUAAAAGAUUUUUUGACUCUU